UUCCCGAAGCUCCCGCUUCCCUGAAACUUGUCCCUUGCGCCACGCCGUCGUCUCCAGGGCAACCCGGCGCCUCCUAGUAACCGCGCGGCCCGGCUAUGGCGGCCGCGGGCCCCAGCGUGUUCCUGCUCAUGGUCAACGGGCAGGUGGAGAGCGCCCAGUUUCCUGAGUACGACGACCUCUACUGCAAGUACUGUUUCGUGUAUGGCCAGGACUGGGCCCCCACAGCGGGGCUGGAGGAAGGCAUCUCACAGAUCACCUCCAAGAGCCAAGAUGCGAGGCGGGUGCUGGUGUGGAACUUCCCCAUCGACGUCACCUUUAAGAGCACCAACCCCUACGGCUGUUCUGAGGAAGUCGGUGAAGCCCAGCCUGAAACCUUGAGCAGCGACUGCCUGCAAAGGGCAGAGCCUGGUGUCUGGGGCUCAGCAGUCUGGCCCCUCAACGGCUCUCCCCCAUCCAUCACCGCUGUGCUCCCGCCAGUCCUGAGCCCCCCGCUCCUCCUCCAAGACCCUGCCCUGAGCCAGGGGGCCGCAGAUCGUGCUCAGCGUGUACGGGCCGGACGUGUUUGGAAACGAUGUGGUCCGAGGAUACGGGGCGGUGCACGUGCCCCUCUCACCUGGCCGAGCCCGCAUGGCUGCCGCCUUUGUGCGCGGUUCUGCUGGCCUGAGGACGACGUGUCAGACACAUGCACAAAAAGACCAUCCCCAUGUUUGUCCCAGAAUCUACAUCUAAACUGCAAAAGUUUACCAGCUGGUUCAUGGGACGGCGGCCCGAGUACACAGACCCCAAAGUGGUGGCUCAGGGGGAAGGCCGGGAAGUGACCCGUGUCCGCUCCCAGGGCUUCGUCACUCUCCUCUUCAACGUGGUGACCAAGGACAUGAGGAAGCUGGGCUAUGACACCGGGCCUCCGGACACGCAGGGCGUCUCGGGGCCCAGCCCACCCCAGGGCCUCCCCCGGUGAAGGCAACAGCCCUCUGCCCAACAAUCGUAUAAUAAAGUGUAACCUUUUCACAGA